AUGGUUGAUGAAAGUGGACGGUGGAUGGUGGAUGGCGGAUGGUGGAUGGUGGAUGGUGAAUGGGUCUUAGUGAUCGAGAAAGGCUUCCUUCGGCAGCCCUACCAUACUAUUUUUUCUUGUAUAAAUUCUAUGGUGCCCUUCACGAUCAUACACUUUGGUCUGAGAAAAAAGUCAACAGAAAAGGUCAGGCGGACAUAUGUACAUGUAUGUAAGCAUGGCACGACUUACAUCUACAUAAGGACAUAUGUACAUCAUACAUAUACUUGUAGAUCUAUGAGACAUUAG